AUGAUGAUGCGAUAUACUCAAAAGACUGAUUGGGUUGAUGGUGGAACUGUCUAUCAGGGUGUCGCAGCGGGAAUGGCGAUAGGGUCAAUGCAUUUUGACUCGGAGAAUAUUACGGUUGCCUUUCCUCAAGGUGGCCUUACAACACCAUUAGGAAACAACUUUACCAACAAUUCCAAAACGAUCGAACCAGCGAGCCCGACCUCGACGGCUGACUCUGACUCUCUAUUAGCUUGGAACUCGUCUCUUGAGGCGAUGGGCUCAUCUGUAGAUCGCUUCCAGUCUACAGAUCGCUCACGAAGGCAUAGUAUCUUUUACAUCGGAACCGAUAGGAAACUCGUUGAAGUUCAACUGUUGGAGAAAAGCUGGUCUAUGACGAGGGACAACUACGGAGAGAUGUGGCCUACUGCUGAUAAUCCAAGCUCUGGUAUAGCGGUAGCAUACUCUGAAGGCGAGAGUAAAGUAUGGAUAUACUAUUGGUCCAACAAGACCAUCGUCCAAGCAUACAGAAGCACUGGCUCUAGAUGGUCAGAUCCAAUAACUUUACGCGAAGAAGACGAUUCGAGAGAGGACUUACUACCGGAACUGAAUGAAUCUUCAGGCUUAAGCACAGGAGCCAAAGCUGGAAUCGGCGUUGGAGUUGGAGUCGGUGCUCUUGUUGCUGGCGCGUUGGGUUGGCUGUGGUUGAAGCGACGUAAUAAGAGAAAGGGAAGUGGUGGAAGUCCUGCAGAUUCUCACUCUACGGAGGCCAAGAAAGAUCCUGCAGAGAUAGAUGGUCAUGAAAGGCCAGCUGAGUUGGAAAACCAUAGAAGGCCGGCAGAGAUGGAUGGUCAUGGAAAGCCGGCAGAGUUGGCGGAUCGUCCUUCGGUGAUUCAUGAAUUACAAGGAUGA